UCUCUGCCUAUCUCUAUCUAUAUAAUCAUCACACAUCCAUUAGAAUUAAGCAAAACGCAGAACUAAAGAGAUGGGUGAGAUGAUCAAAGCCAGACGCAUACUCCUCUUCUCCAUCAUAUUGCUCCUCUUCUUCUCUCAGACCUUUCUUUUGUGUUCAGCUAAUGAGCAUGGCUCAAGGAACCUCGCAGUGGUGAUGAAGAAACGGGUGAAAUACAGAGGACCUCGCAACACAACAAGCUCCUCGGCUUCAACUAUGAUGUUGCCAAGUUCCUUCUAUAUUGGUGCUGCUUCUUCUGCCUUCUUCGCUCUUCUUUUGUAAGCUCCGUUGUAGUGAUCGUGAUUUUACUGUUUCACAAUGAUUUAUGUAAAGAAAAAUUCUUCUAUAUGAUUGAUUUUGUAAAAACAUUCAAAUACAGUCAAAAACUCUGUUUUGUAUUUA